UGAAAGCACAUGAAUGGCGGACACUUCCUGGUUGCGUCUGUCAUUUCCAUCCAGAACAGCAGCUUUGUGUAUCCAUCAUGUCACAGUUGUUUUUCCAGGCUAUCGCUGCAGUUCAAACGAUACAAUUGCCAGAAGUGUGGUGGUUCAGGCGACACCAAAGAAGCAAACUACAGAUACCGACUUUCGCUGGAGGUAGCCGACACGCAUGAUGUUUUUGAGAUCACCGUAUUUGGAAGCUGCUUAGAUGCCUAUUUUGGAGCCACAGCAAAAGGUCUGCAAAGGUACAUCGAAGAACUGAACCGAGAAGCAGGAGAGGACGAAAACGAUGCCGUGUUUGGUGUAAUAUUUCGUGCCGUUGAAACCUGCUUUGUUGGGAAGAAGUUUGUCUUCAGAAUUAAGAGUUCCGACAGGCCCGGUGUGGCUAGCUUAUUGCAAAAUGGCUGCCCAACGGAGAGAAGCACCAAAACCUUCGUUGCCUCUGAAAUGUUCGUACCCCAUCCUGAGCUUGUGGGCCACACCGUUCUCCACUACAUGGAGCAGCAGCGAUGUUCUCAAUUGAAGCAGAGGCACGGGGCUUUAUGGCUUCCGGAUCACGUCACGGCAUCCGAUCAUCCAAUGGGCGCCUCCGCCCCCAAAACAAGCACUCCGAUUGCUGGAUCGUUGUUCAAGUCAGAAUGCAGCCUUGUAGGUACUCUGGAUUUCUCUGCUGGUCCCCACUCCAUUCCCCUCGCCAGGCCUUAUCAUCCAGACAGCCUCCUUGCAGGGAAAGGACCCAUUCUAAGUGAUUUGCCCCUGAAUAAAUUGUCUUGGGACAAGGCCAAGUGUAAAAGGCCUAGGCUCCCCUUUCAAAACCCUUUAGUAAAACAGCUGAUCAGCAAGUUCUCGAGGUCUACAAGGUCAAGCAAUGCAGAAGCUGGCACGGUCAAUCCAUGUGGACCUCCGGAGUUAUUUGUGAGUCGCCUCUCGGCCAAAGGGCUACAGUCUAAAGAUGGUGGCCAAGAAUGGAGUCCUCCAUCAGAGAAAAUUCAAGAUCGGGAUGUAAAAUUGCAGAGGAGGAAAAGCUUAGGCGGGUUUCACAGCGAUUCUCCUCUUUUUGAAAAGCAAGGAGGGUGCUUGAGUCCAAGCAAUCUUUCCAGAUUAGCAAAGGUCUGCUUUCUUCCAAAAAAGCCACAACCGGAAGAAGCUGGCAUUGAGGGCCAACCGACGUGUCAACAGACAACGAUGCUUGGGCCGCCAGUCACUGAAUCGCUUGACAAGCCAUCUUUUGUAGACCUCAGCCGAUCAAAGCUGUUUCCCACACCUUCUUCGCCCGUGCCUCAGGUUGCCGACUGGUCUUCCGAACUCUUCCCGGAUCAUGACCACCUGCCCAACCCGGAGACCACCGUAUCACAGCCAACCUCUUGA